CUGGGUAAUCCAUUAAUAGCAAUGGCGGACGGGAACAACAAGUCGAAUAAAAACUAAACUCGAUUUCGACAAUCAUGAUAGGAGUGAGGAGAGAAAGAAAGACGUUGACUACAAGUAGGUAGAAUCGCGUGUGAGAAGGUCAACUUCGCAACGAUCGCGCGGCUGCGGCUGACAUUUGCGUCACGAGUCUGCUACAAGGAACACCUGCGAGUAGCAGUUUCAUCGACAUUAUUCCGGUCUUUGAACCAGGUGGUUUUUUCGUUUGUAAUUGAGUGAGUUUUCGGCAUGCAGAACAUCGACGAUGCUCCGCCCGGCGAGACCACGAUUUACAAAAAUCUCGAAUUCUGGAUGUCAGAUCUCCCGCCACAGUUGAAAACAUUACCCAUAAAUCAUCUGGCCAUACCCGGUUCACAUGAUACAAUGACCUACACAAUCUCGCGAAAGGGUGAGAUUGGACCUGAUGGACCCAAGUUCUUGAGGCAUUUGGGCUGCUUCAAGAUGGUAGCGAAGCCAGUCAUAUUCAAUUGGUCGAUAACCCAACACGACGACGUCAAAGCCCAGCUUAACGGAGGAAUUCGUUACCUGGACCUGCGAGUGGCAAAAAAAGAUGGUCUAAAUGAAAUAUGUUUUUUACACGGAUUGUAUGGAGCUUCGAUUGAGGAACCACUUGAAGAUAUCGCUGAUUGGCUUACGUCACAUCCUGGCGAAGUUGUAAUUCUUGAUUUCCAGCAUUUUUACCAAUUUAGCGACUCUCUCCACAAUGUGUUAAUAAAUAUUAUCGAAAGUACAUUCAAAGGAAAACUGUGUCCGGUCUUUCCAAGCUUUACUCACAUUUCUCUGCAAUGGCUUGCCUUAGAAAAGUACCAAGUAUUCGUAAUAUAUAGAAAUGUGGCUGUGAUGAAUCACACUAAUUUGUGGUUCAGCAGUUUAUGGGUUACUCCAUGGCCAAAUACGGUCAACCCGGUACACCUUAUCGAAUUUUUGGACAAAUCACUAGAAUCUAGAAAUCCAAGAACUGGUUUUGUUUCUCAAUGUUUACUUACACCAGAUACAUUCUAUGUUUUAAAGCACGUUUUUGGAAAUUUAGAAAGAGAUUUAGUCGAUGUUUGUCGAACUAAUACUUUACCAUGGAUACGCAAUAAGAAACCGGGCAGCGACGGAUUGAAUAUAGUGAUAUCCGAUUUUGUGUCGUACAAUAAUUUUUUAUUUUCAAAAACUGUGAUUCAGCGUAACGUUGAAAUGUUAAAAGUAUCCAGCAAACCAAUCUCUGGAAAAUACAUAGAGGUUCAAUCUAAAUCGUAGAUUCAAUUAUAUUGGUUUG